AUGAAAAAGGAAAAAAGGGUGCGGACGUCAAGAUGAUGUCAACACUUGGCGAUUCUUAUGUAAGCGAUUACAGAUGAUUUAAUUGAUCAAAUUAAGAUCUGUAAAAACCAGAAGAAUCGUAAUAGAACAAAGUAUAUUUUGGUAAAUUAAAAACACACAAAUUAUCACUAAAUGAAGUGUAAAGUAAAUUGAAAGCAGGAAAACAGAGUUCCAACAUCGCGACGGCGAUGCAUCAGUGAUGUACCAAAAUCCUGAGCAUUCGGGAGGAUCGUCAUGUAGUGUCCACAGCCUCGAAGGCUUUCCUUAGACAAAGACGACGUGGGCAAUCUCUAGAUCUUCUCGCGAAGUCUAGAGAUCAAUGAAGUGGGUCGUCGAAUCAUCUUCGGCGGCUGUCACCUAGCGGAGCAGAAAAACGGUGACUUUGCGGCUCUCCGGCAGUUGUCACCCGAUGGAGAGAAGUUGGAUGGAGGUGAGGUGCGUGUCAAGGAGCUUCAUCCUCAGGUCUGCGCAACAAGAAGAGGCUCUUCAUCACAUUUGGUACGCUCUCAGGAGGUGGCGACUCGUCUCCCGAUGGAUCAUCCUCUUCUCGACGAUGGCUUGUUCGUCGAUCAAUCAGAGAUGA